AAAAAAGAAAUGAUGAGCAAAAAUAAUAGUUAGACCGAGGGUUGCUCCGGAAUUGAAGGGGACAAAAGUGGGUUCGAGUCAUUGUCUGAUUGAUAUACCAAACUCAAAACUCACUUUCUUCCUCUAAUCACUCUCUCCGUCGCUCCGCUUUCUCUCUUCUUUGGUCGUACGUUCAUACAUAUCCAUUCUGUUUUGCUCUCUCUCUCGAGCAAACAAAAGCGAGAGGCUUGCAGUGACAAAUCUCAGUGGAAAGGAGAAGGGGUUCUUGAGACUCCAUUGUUAGUUAAAACCUUUGAAUCAAAAUGAGUGCAGCGGCUACAAUGCACAUGCCCAGAGAAGGCUCAAACUACGAUGAAAUCUCUAUGCAACAGAGUUUGCUCUUCUCUGAUAGUCUUAAGGAUCUGAAGAAUCUGAGAACACAGCUGUAUUCAGCAGCUGAGUACUUCGAACUAUCCUACACAAACGAUGGAGACACACACUCAGUCGUGGAGACACUGAAAGAUUAUGCGAUAAAGGCUCUGGUGAAUACAGUUGACCAUUUGGGCUCAGUUACAUACAAAGUCAAUGACUUCGUCGAUGAAAAAGUUGAUCAAGUAACUGGAACCGAGCUACGAGUUGCUUGCAUCGAACAGAGGCUAAGGAUGUGCCAAGAAUAUAUGGACCAUGAAGGUCGUUCUCAGCAAUCACUUGUCAUCAACACUCCAAAGUUCCACAAGCGAUACAUUUUGCCUUCAGCCGGUGAAAUCAAGAAAGGUGGUAACCUAGCAAAGCUCAAGAGCGUUGAAAGCAGUAUUGGUGAAGAAGCUGACUGGAACCAAUUCAGAAACGCUGUUCGUACUACAAUCCGGGAAACACCUCCACCACCACUACUUAGAAAACCGGUACUUCCGUCUCCACCACCUCAACGUAAAACGCAACGUUCAGCAACCUUUUCGUUCUCCUCCAUCUCCAACACGGCACCUAAGAAAGAACAAGAUAAACGAGCAGUAUCACCGCACCGGUUUCCGCUGCUAAGAUCUGGUUCUGUUGCUAUCAGACCGACAUCGGUUAGCAGGCCAACUACUCCUAGCAAGAGUAGAACAAUCACUCCUAAACGGUAUCCAUCAGAACCGAGAAGAUCAGCUUCGGUUCGGGCUGCGUUUGAGAAAGAAGCUCAGAGAGAACCAGAGCAGCAGCAGCAGCAACAACAACCGAGCAAGAGCAAACGGUUACUUAAGGCGUUGCUUAGCCGACGCAAAACCAAGAAGGAUGAUACGCUUUACACUUACUUGGACGAAUAUUGAACCAGAAGCCGGUUUUGUAUGUCUCUAUUGCUAAACCGGAAAUUUGAUUCCAGUUUUUAAUUGCAUUUUCUGUUACAUAAUAUCAAAUAUAUAUGCUGUGUGAAUUUUUGGGUACCGCAUCUUCUCAAAAUAUGAGUGCAAUAUAUUCAUACACAUA